CAGGUUUCACUGCUCGUUCCAUCUUCCCAGAAAAUUAAACCAAGUGACAUGGUUCCACACAGGAUUUACCAAGUGCCUCUCAAACCGGAUUAUCUCGAUGAUCUCAUUCGUCUUGACUUUGAGGGAUCCUGGUUACAGGGCAUAUCAUGGCAAAGGAAGAUCCUAAAUAUCUUGUGCGAAAGUGCUCUAAAGAGCAUCGAAAUGCUUGAAGAAGUCAAAGAUUUGGACUUGCUUGUUUACGACAGUCCUAUGGGAAUGUGUGCUCCGUUGGUUGCUGAACUCCUUGGUGUUCCGCGAGUGGAAAUAUUGAUGUCUGCACCAAACACCCCGUUUAGUUUUAACCACAUGAUUCCCAUGCCUGUCUCCUAUGUUCCGUCUCACUUGUCAGGAUUCACUGAUAGAAUGACGUUUAUGGAGCGAUCUAUUAAUUUGGUUUCCUAUCUUUGUGAAAAGCUUUUGCUGGAUCUCUUAUUCGGUAGUAUAAUGAAUAACCUCAAGGUUAAGUACAACAUUAAAUCUGAAGAAAGUUACGAGGAGGCUGUUGUUGGUGCUGAACUGGUUUUGAUUGCGGCUGAUUUUGCACUGGAGUAUCCUCAGCCUUUAUUGCCAGGUAAGAAUUGAUCUCCGUUACACCAGUUAAAAACAAUUUAGCGUACAGACUCUCUCCUUUGCAGGGGCUCCAGCUGGGUAUUACAACAAAAAAAAUCACUUUGAAUUUAAAAAAAAAAUAGUAAGCGUGCGGCCGGGCGACGGGAAGGAUCGUCCCCUCGCUUCUCCCCAUAGUCGGCGUUUUAGCUUAUUCGCGUCGGUAUAACGUGUUUUAACUACCAUGAUAAGAACGUUGGCGCUUUAUAAUAAACCCAAACAAUUCCUAAACAUUAUAUACUUUUUUAACAAUUGGCUCAUGCUAAAUUAGGCUACAAAAUUGGAGAGUACAAGAGAAGGGUAAGAGUUGCUCAAGGUUCUGUUGAUAGCAACUCUAGUCACUCUAGCUUCUUGGGCGCUCUUCCAAAGUCCUGUAAAACCUGACACCCGCCUAUAGCUGCAAGCACAACUUUUUUAUAAAGUUGACCAUGCUGUGGUACAUGUAACUUAAAGGCGAAAAACAAACCAAUAGAAGCACAAGACAUUGCAAUCAAAUACAUUGCAUCGGAUUUUCUUCAACAGGUAACCGUAUGGUAGGACCAUUGAAUGUCAGGGAUACCGCUCAACCUCUACCACGUGAUCUGGAAGCAUUCAUAAGCAAUUCAGGAGGGCAUGGUUUUAUCAUUGUUUCCUUUGGAUCAAAUGUGGCUUCUAUUCUUCCUCGAGAGAUUGUAGACAUGCUAGCAACAGCUUUUGGAAAGCUAAAACAGCUUGUGGUGUGGAGACUUAAAGGUAUCUUAUUACGUCACCAACACCUUCAUGGCUAAAAAUUUCAGUUAAAGGGCAGCUGAAUAAUAAUAAACGUGCCCUCCGUGUGCAAUUUAUUGUUUUAAAAGGUCAAACUUAUUCGCUUAUAAUAACAAAUUUGUUCUCAUUAUAAAAACGAAAACGAAUAGACAAACUGACCAUUUUCCAUCCUUUUCUCCUAUUUGCCUAUCAGGUAUGUAAGCCGUUAUCUGAUGAAGUGUUUCCAGUUUAAUAUCAUAGGUGACGAAUUACUCCUUAAUUUUGGCGCGAAAUUUCAGCGUUUAUUUGUAAUUUCACAUGUGAAAUUACAAAAUUGCCAUGGCAACCCUCUGUACGUCUCAGUGUCAAGAUGGCGACGAAGUUUUCAAAUGCCGUGAAUGAAGAUGUCAGGGCACAAAAAGACGCUUUAGAAAACCUGAACACACAAGAGAACAUCAAGAAGGAUUCUAAGAGGCAUUUUGUCGAAAAAGUCUGAAAAAGUCUGAACUUUGUAAGCCAAAUUUAAGGUCUAAACGUUUGAGAGAGUGGAGUUCUCGAUCGAUACGAUCCAGGAUAAACAUGUCAAAAAUCCAAGAUUGCUAAGGUAAUUCGUCACCCAUGUUAUUAAAAGGUAAUCAAAUGGUAUACUCGUGAAAUUAGGGAAUAAUUUCACUUGCGUUUUGUCCAAAUCCUAAUAAUUAUCCGAGCCUUUAUACACAUACAAAUCAAUAUGCCAAACAGACCUUAACUUAUGCCAAAGAAAGUUGUACCUAUUAUAGGCUAAGUGAUGAGUUCAGAAUAAUUUUAGCAGUCAUAGAAGCCAUACCCAAGAUAGUAGACUAUUUUUGACAGUUUUAAAAGGUGGUCUUUGAAACAAUAUUUUCGAAACGAAAGACUGAAUAGGCGAGACCGCCUGGGGAAGACUGCACAAGAAUCAUUUGCCAGUUUAUGGCCCUUGGCAUUCACGGCGAGGCUGAGAAUACAGACUCCAUGACGUCCUUAAUAAACUCCCGUAACUCUCCCUAACCCUGCCUCUGAAUGAAUGUAAUGACAUUUCUCAAGAUUAUUGACCAAAGUCCUUUAUUGCAGGCUACAUCCCUGCCUUUCUUGAUAAAAACAUCAAAGUUAUGGAAUGGUUACCUCAGAAUGAUCUAUUGGCUCACAAAGACAUCAAGGCGUUUGUUUCUCACGUGGGUCAUAACAGUCUGUAUGAAUCUGCAUAUCAUGGAGUUCCUUUGGUCUGUUUCCCUCUUUUUGCAGAGCAGCAUGCUAAUGCCAAGAAAGCGGAACAUGUUGGUCUUGGCUUAGCAGUGUACCAUGACCGUACUAAUGCUCAGCAAUUGUCUAAAACAAUUGAACUGGUUAUCAAUGAACCAAAGUAAUAAUAAAAAUACAUACGGGUGGUCUUUUUAUUAUUAUUAUUCACUAAGCUCGCGUAAGGUAACUCCUUUGGAUUUUUGAGUCAGUGAUCAAUUACCGUUUCAUUUAAUUGAUAACGAAAUACAGAUAGUAUGCAGUGUAAUGUAUUCUGGUAACAAUAACUAGUUGUAUAGCUAUCCUCCCUUCCAAUCCAUUGUCAGAUUUAUUGCCCUCAGCCCAUUCAGACUAAAUUUUUCUACGAUCUUUUGCAGGCCUUGUACGUAGUGUCGAAUUGAGCCUUGUAGUGCAUGUCGAAUUGAGCCUCCUCGAUGUUAUUGUCUCUAUGGUCUCCCAAAAAUUAUGCUUUAUUUACGGAUCUUAUCGGCGAAAUCUUUGCGGCAACUUUAAACUUAUUUAAUCUUAAAUUUGUUUGCUCUUCUCAAUUUAGUAAUUUGAUGGUGUAUGACUACUACACAGGUUGUCGAAACGUCAGUCAUUGUCAGAAACAGUCCCGCCUAGAACUACGCUCGCUCGAAAGAUACCGUAUUUAUUCGAUUAAACGCCACGGCGUUUAUUAAAUUUUUAGCGCUUCCAAUGCGGCGUGUUCCAAGGGCGGUGUUUAUUUCGAAAUCACUUUUUUAAAAUCACUGAAAAUAAAUCGUUUGUAAAUAUUAUGUAAUUUGAAGGUUCCAAUGUCUCCCUCAUUUUGCUGAGAUAGAAUCGUAAAUGUCUGGAUGCUGUAAAUUACCAAGUUGUACCGAAAAUUUCCUUAUUAUCCUCGGGUAAGUAAAACGCCACAUUCUUCUGAUUAGAUGCGGCGUUUAAUAGAAUAAAUACGAUACAUAUAUUCCACAGAAUUAUUAGAAAUUCUAAUGAGACCGAAACCAACAGCGGAAUUGCACGAAAUUUAGGUCUCCUUCUUAUGAACAGUUAGUGCACUAUGAUAUUUGCCGGGGCAUGUUCAUUUACUGUACAUGUCUCUCGCCCCUUGUCAGGUUAAUACCCAUAUCCCCAACAAAAAACGAUAAAAUUUCCAAAUAAAAUUUCCGGCUACUCAAUAAGCAGCUUAAGAUUAAAACAUUAUUGUCCGUGAGUGGGGUUGCCCAUAAGAAUAAUACAAAUCCCUUAAGUCGUUUUGUUCAAAUUAAAAGGUGCAUGUCAUUUCUGCGCUAUAGUAAGAAUCUUUCAAUAUUGUUUUACUUAGGUAAAGACAAGAGCCAUAACGGGACAGGGACGGAAACGCCCAGACUAGCCCUUAUAAUAAUUUCACCAAAGUUAUUUUUAGACCAAUUAAACGGUUAAAAAAAAUCGGAAAUUUGUUUCCCGAGAGGUCCGCAAACUUUUUAUUCAGCGCUGUCAAAGAGGAGGGGAGAAGAUAACGGCGUCCCGCGUGGAGGUGCGUUUCAUCGACGAAAGCGAUUUUGUAAACAACGGAAAUGGUUUUAUCUUGGAAGAUUGUCCCGAUUGGGAGCUAGAUUCCAUGAUUUCUUUGGAGUUGACUGAUUUGCUAGAUGACAUAUCAGUUUUUUAGGAGGAAUUUAAAUCCGCGGACAGCGAUCCUUGUGGUGAAAUCUCAAUUUCGGUACAGGAACCUAGGCAGCAAAUAAAGUUAGAAGAAAAAAACCACAGCAAAAAGAAAACAGAAGAGUGGGAAUAAUCGUCGCACAAAACAAUCAAAGCAGCUAAAAGUCCGACUCGAUUCCAGUGAAGCGACAUCGACGCGGAAUUGGAACAAAAACGCUAAAAAGCAAGCAAAUCACAGCAGAAAUCAAAAAAAGAAAGCAGCAAAGAUGCUAAUAAAAAAAGAACUAGAAGGUAAACGUCGUCCCAUCUGUCAGAACUUCGUAUCAGAACAGCUCUAACAACAAGUCAUGAAAAUUUGGAAACCGGUCGAAAUCUUAUGGCUAAUCGAAGAAAUACUCGACGCUCAGAACUUCUCAGUAUUUCUGGAACUUGUAGCUGCAGUUGCAAAGGACGUAAACAAAAGCCGUCAAGCUCGUUUGGCAUUCGAGGUCGUGGGCCAAGCGUCGUUAAACAUUGCAGGAAACCAACACCUUCACGGACAAAAGGGAAUUGCUUUUAGUUAUUCAGAUCCAGGAGGAACUUAAGAGAAAAUUAAAUGACCUAAAACCCUUAUUUAUCCGCAACAAAGAGGGUUAAGUUUCAAGAGAGGUAAAAGACAAUGUUCUUGCAUCAGAGGGUCAAACCUGCCGACCAGAAACACAGGAAACAAAACCCACAGAAAAUCAAUAUGCGUGUCGUGAACAAGCGGCAAAAAUCACAUUUGCUCGAUCAAAACUAAGAACCCUCCAAAGUAUAAUCUACCCGCCAGAAGGGAAAAAAAAUUUGGAACAACCAGAAGCAUUUGAAGGAUUUUUGACUUUCGUCUGUCUCUUUUCAUAAGCGGACUUCUCCUCACGGCUUUCUCGAGCUCGCCGAGGGAAACAGAAUUUGAGUCCACUUCGGACAAAUCAUCGCUUAUCCUACGCUUGCGAGUAGCAACGCUAAGUUCAAUUUCUUGAACUGAAAUGCGCUCUUCAGGAUAAUCUAAAAUAUUCAUGCCGAAAUGAAGACGCCUGUAAAUUUCACUCGAAAAGGUCAUGUUCAUUAUUCCACGUUGCCAUUAUAACAUUCUGCAUUGUUUGUCAUCGUGCGUGGAGUUGAUGACGUUUCAAACAAUAGAUUAAAGCGAGCGGACGUCCCAGGUAUUAGACUUCCGUUUAAGUAAAACCUCUAAAAAUAACUUUAGUGAAAUUAGCAUAUCCCGGCCAACACCCUAAGAUUUGCUCUCUUUUAUUACAGAUUCACUCCACUGCAUAACAAGCAAAUAAUGAAAUGAAAUAAGCUAACACUACUUUAACAAACAAACAAAAAAAGAAAAAAAAAAGUUGUGGAGAAGGAGACAACCAAAAGCACCAAUGCGCCAUACUUGGGAUGCUCUCUCUCGCAUAACGGCUCUAAGUGACGAUUAAUACGUCGAUACAUUAGGGCAAGUUCUAUGGACUAGCUUUUUACGUUAAUAGUCGUAAUUCAUAACAAAACAGUUAAAUAGAGAGUGAUUUUUUUUGGUUUCAGAUUCAAAAAAACUUCAAUGCGUAUAUCAAGCCUGUUGAAAGACAGGCGACGCCCCCCUCUUCAAGAAACUUGUGACUGGAUAGAAUAUGUCCUGAGGCAUGGUGGAGCCAAGCAUCUUAGACCUCAAGUGUUUAACAUUCCUUGGUACCAGUACUUCUUGCUUGACGUCUUACUUUUCUUGUUGCUGUGGGUACUGUGAUUGUAGUGACGAUAUGGCUGACAUGCAGAUCCUUGAGCCGUUUGUGCUGUAAGAGAAAAGGAACCAAAACAAGGAAGGAAUAAAACAAAUCAAGGUGGUUUGGAAUAACGUUAACUUUUUUUUACGAGGGUAGUGUUCAUUAUAGCAUACUUGAAAGGACUCAAAGUCAGUUAUCUUUCUAUCUCGAUAAUCUCCCCAAUAAUUGAUAAUUAUGAUUUAUUUAAAAUAUAUUUUCGCCUUAAAUAUAUCCCUCGGCUAAUUCUUCAUAACCAGCUACCGUUGACUAAAUUUGUUUGUUUGCUAUAGCCCACUUAGGAAAUGAGUGAUAGCCUGUGACCAAACUAAGCGCGCACGUUUAUUGGAUCGUUUGGGGGGACGCGAAAAAAACAUGACGGAAAGCAAAGUGAAAUGUAGCGGGGUUAAAACAGCUCAAAACAGCCAAAGAGAAGGUGGCCAUGAAAGAAAAACACAUGAGAAUGUGAAGCUAAAGGAAGAGGAUGUACCUGGGGCUAUUUUACCGCGAGAGAAACCUGAAGAAUGCACCGUGAAACAGCUCAUGAACCGCACCUAGGUAUUAAACAGAGUGGAAACGGUUGUUUCUGAAACAUUGAAUCUAAUUAACCUAACCUAACCUAAGUCUCAUCAAAGUCAAAAUAAACUCUUCAAGUAUACUCAUUGAUCUGGGUCUCCCAAGAUUUUGCUCAGGACAGGUGUUUUUCUUCGCAUACGAGCCAUAAUUUAAGUUCUGGGCCUUGUCAUGUAACAUAUCGUUAAGAAGCAUAAGUGCAUUCCAGUGAAGAAGAACAGUAUCAAAUUCAAUAUCUUCAUCCUUUUCCUUAAAUUUUGAAAUGUCAAACGUCGGAUUUUUCAGUGCAUGCUGAAGUCUCUUUGAAUCUCUAGUCAACUCGUCUUUUUCUUUAGCUAAUUUGCCUUUUACCUCGCCUGUCGAUUUUAAUUCAAAUUCCAAUCGAUUGAGAAAUUCUCCGGUUAUUUGAGUUUGCGUCUCAGUAUCACAAAAGGAAAGAGUCGGUGAAACACUGUUGCUUUGAGUGUCCACGUCAAUCUGCUCAACUGACACUUCAUUUACUGAGUCAGCCUCAACGUCCAUUUCGGUAAAAGAAAUGUCAGUUUUUCUUUUCCUGGCUCUUGAAUUCGAAGUUGCCUCUGACCUGUAUAGAAUUCGUUGUUCACUUUUUUUUUUACUCCAAGGAAAGAUAGAUGGUAGAUGAGUUCUACUGCGCUUUUCACCACCAUCCCAAUGGAGAGAGCAAAUCCGUGCGCUAUAAGAGUUCAGAUUCAAAUUAUCGUUCCGAAGCAAAUGUACAUAUUCUCGCCGGAUACGUUUUGCCUUGGGUAUUCGAAAAAAUGCCAGACCAUGGGAGUUCUUGAAAUUAUUUGGGCACAAAGGCACACAGCAAGUUACACGUCCCGGCAUUAUUCCAGGUGGCUGUUCGGGGUUUUCUGUCCCCCCCCCCCAAACGAUUCCAUAAACGCGCGCGCGCGUAUAGUUUGGUCCCAGGCUAUCACUCAUUUCCGAAGUGGGCUUAGCCUAUUAUUUUACGAUUCACAUCUGUCGUAAACUGGUAAACUGAAAGGUGCCGCAGAAUGCGGCGUGGUGGCUAAGCUGUUUUGGCAAGAAAAUGGUGGAAGAGUUUACACUUUCCCGGAAGACGAAAUAGCCAUAUUACCGCCACAAAAACAUAAGAGAAGCACAAGAAAAUACCACCCGAAGGAUGACAACUGCCUUUUAAAGAAUAUCUGCGGAAAAGAAAAACUCUUUUGUUUCCUUAAUCUGCCGAGGAACGCGCAAAUGUUUCAAGAAUUUUACGUAGAGGUAUUGGGAUGCUCUGAGCUCAGAAACAUAUUAAAUUAAAAAAUGAGGUGAUUAAUGAAUUCGGCUUUCGCAGCCAGUGUAUUUUGGCGUUGAUAAUUCUUGUUUUACCAACUCUUUAACUCCGAAUUCACGUUUAUAGCAUUCUUUCAUGUUGAAAGUCUCUUCACCAAUACCCCUUUAAACGAUUGUAUUAACCUGGAGGCUAAAUAAACUAAGAACAACGUAAAAUGUACUAUGAAAGCUGAGUUAGAUCAUCAAAGGUUGAGAUUUACCUGAAACAUUCCUUUUUUUAAUUUUACAGUUAUAUUGUGACCCGCCGGAUUCAAGAAAAUAAGUAUAUAAUACAGCACUUUCCGGCAAAAACUUAAAACUUUCACUUUCAACACGAACGCUGAUGGAAGACUUUUGAAAUUGCUUGAGUCACUGAACACUGACCUCACUAAAGAGGGCCUCUCGAAGUAACAAGUUGUAGAAGCAAGCAAAUGUAUGGACAAUCGUCGUUUCUCGCGUUAAUUUACUCCUACUCAAGAUAGCACUUAAUUAUACCUUUUUUUCCAGACAGAAAAGAUGGCGGGAAACUUCAGUCAACGCUCUCCUUACAAACCACUCUAGGCGCAAUGACUAGCUCUGAAGUUGUAACGAACAGCAGCAUCGGAACCCCGUCUGAACUGUGACUUAAACUUUAUAAUGAAAAGCUCCCGUAAGCUUCGGUGUCCACGUUUUUGAAGUACUAGCUGGUCGUUUCCCUUGUUUUGAGUUCUCGUAAGUGACCCCUCGAUCAUUACAUGAAAAAAAGGACUUACUCCUUGGUAAAAUUAAGGGUUAUACGCAACACAAGUGCUAACGGUUCGUUGAGGUCGUGUGUGAAAAGUAAUUAAGUAGAUAUAGCCAAACGUUGAGGACUUCGGGCGAGUUUCAGGCUUCUUAUCGAAGAUCAAAACGCUCUUGCUCCACACUGGUGCUUUCUGUAAGUUUAACGUUAAAAUGCGGGUGAGCAGAUUACACGUGAUAGAAGGUACAAACGCUUGUGACUUGAUUGCGUUCUAAGCAUUCCAUUCAUUCUUAGUGGAAGUCCAAACAAAUGCUGUUCACUGGCGUAAAAUGUCUGAUUUGUCGAUACGCCACCAUGUGACAUAGCGUAAAUUCAACAUGGUGGCAAAGUCGUCCCUCGUGUGUUUUUAAUAUUCCAGCCCUUCUAUGCCCUUCUAUAUCUUCUUUAAGUACACGUGUAUCGCCAGAAAACUUUGCUAAGUGUACAAUGAGGGACAAAAGUGUUGGCACACUUCCGUAAAAUGGCCCCUUUUUGCAUAGUGGAUAUACUUAUCCCAUUCCCCUGUCUACCCCAACCCCUUCCCCCCCAAAAUCAAUGUUGAAUUUUGGACCCCCAAGUCUUUUCUUUACUUCAGACAACAUUGAUUCGGGGGGUGAGGGGAUUUACGGCGUUUAAAAAGAAUGAAAUAAUAGAUGAAUUAAAUGUUUGCUAAAAGCACCCGUUUUAAACAAGUGUGUCAACUACUUUUGUCCCUGAUUGUAGCUGCCCUUAGUUUGAUUCAGGAUCAAGUUCAUCUUCUCUGAAAAACGUAAAUAAAUGAAGUAUACGUCAAUAUUUCAUUGCCUUUUCUAUUGAUUCAACAGUAAACCACUUCACCAAGAUAGAAUGAUCUAAGAGAUCGAAUCCCCCAUACAUGACCCUCUUUCUAUAAAAAUUAUUUUAAAUCUCUUCUUGGUUAUGUGUGAUACUGCGUAGUCAUUUUAAUAACGCCUCCUUAUUGGUCGGUCAGAAUGGCGUCAAGUAAUUUUAAACUUGGCGGGUAAUUCAUUUUACUGCCGAUUACGCACUGCACGUGAUAUGACGUGCGAACUUGGCAUUACUUUCGCCGACGAGUCAAAAGAUUUCUACGUGGAAAAAUCUUUCCAGAGCACAUGCCGACGAGGAAAACGGUCCUGCCUUGCGAGAGUCGCCGGAGAAAACGGGUGACGGUGCGACUCGGCGAAAACCGCUCAUAAUGGUCUUCGCUACACAUAAGUAAGUAAACAACCAACAACCUCGAGUAAGUUAUACUACAGACCUUAAGUUAGGGUGGACGGUAUCGUGGAGUACGACAACCGGAAAUAAAAUUUGCCAGAUUUGGGGCUAAUUUGCGUAUAUCUCAGCCGUCCAGCCUACGUCGAUUGCACAUCGCGACGGUGAGAAGGCUUUAGUGCGGCGGCGUGUCGAGAACGUGAGUUUUCUCUCUCUGUUUUUUGUCUUCAAAAUAUCUUUAUUUUAACAGAAUACCGCUUUAACCUGUUUCUGUAAUGUCUUUUUUACUUCAAAUUGUAAGCCUUUUUCAAUUACUUAUUAUAAUUAACAGUAAAUGAAUGAGGUUGAGUAUCUUAUGAGGAAUUAUGGAGAUCGAGGAGGGUGUUAUCCGUCGAGGCCGUAGGCCGAGGCGGAUAACACCCUCCGAGAUCUCCAUAAUUCUUCAUAUGAUACGAAAGCCGAAUUCAAUAACUGUUUUAUUAUUCAUUCAAAAUAAUUCCUAGUUUAAAAACAUAGCUACAACAUGCUUACCUCCAUCGAUCCAUUGAUGUUCAGUUCAUCUUCGAUAGAGUACGUUUAGGUUUGCCCAGCUCCGCAAAUAUUCUCCAAAUAGCAGAUGUCGCCCUUCGAGUUGUCUUCUUGCUGUUCUUGCCAUGUUUUUAGCUAUUUUUUCGCCUAGUUCUUACUCUUGAAACGAGUGAAAUGUCCGCCAUUUUUUCAAGUUCACAACCAAAACAAUUCAACCUCGUCCCCAGGUCUUCUCGGUUAACGGUGCCUUAGCCUGCUAAAACGCUGCAUUUUUGACGUCAUUUCCUCGUUAAAGUCAAAAUUCUUCCAAAUUUGGUCAUCAGUAACUGGUUAUGGGGAAUUAAACGUGUGCUUUUAGCCAAUCAGAAUCGGCGAAAUAUUUUGAAUGAAUAAUAACACUAUUUAAUGAUGGAAUAUAGCACACUGAAUUUCUUCAAAUGGUACAACUGUAGGAUUAGAAUUCCCAGAGAUGAAAAAGCUAAUUUAUGCAACAGGAUAAAUUAGAGUUAAUGUGAUAACCAUAAACCCACCCUUACCAGUAAUGGAACCAGCUCACUUCCUUUCAGGGGCACUUCCUGUGGCGACCCCUGUCACACUAAUUGUUUCGCUCAGCCAAUUAGAUGCGAGCUAUCACAUGUACAGUUGAUGCUUAUAUUUUCGCGCCUAGCUCAGCAAAAUAGUACUUCAUAUUCUUCUCUGCGUGGAACAAAAUGUUCGUUACUUAUAGCCUGGUUUUUCCUUCAUGAAUUGGAAUUUUUGCUAAGCUGUAAUGACGAGAUCACCGUUUAGGAAGGGCUACCUUGAUCUUCCCACUGCAUACAAGCCUUACGCGUUUGAGUUUUUCUGGACAGACCUUCCACGAAGAGGUGUUGCACCGCCGCUCUUGGUCUAACUCCGUCCUUGGAACAUUGAUCUACAAUAGUUCAACCCUCCUCUCGAAUGUCGCUGCUUUCUCCUCUUCUUGAACUUUCGACAUCCUCUCGCAUGUACCGUCACUUUAACCGUUUCGACUCUCUCGGCUGGCACUUCACAGUCAAGGUUCCUCCGCAGCAAAUCAUCUUAGGCCAAUGUGUCUUCCUUUGGGAUCAGAGUUGCUCUCUCAUGAUUCAGGUGCGGUAUUUUUCUGGUUUAUCGAUAGUUAACUUAAUAUUCUUAUUAUAUUGUGCCUCGAACGACAUCUGUUUUUGCAAUAUUGUGUGCAUGUGACUUACAACAUUGAUUCGGGGGGUGAGGGGAUUUACGGCGUUUAAAAAGAAUGAAAUAAUAGAUGAAUUAAAUGUUUGCUAAAAGCACCCGUUUUAAACAAGUGUGUCAACUACUUUUGUCCCUGAUUGUAGCUGCCCUUAGUUUGAUUCAGGAUCAAGUUCAUCUUCUCUGAAAAACGUAAAUAAAUGAAGUAUACGUCAAUAUUUCAUUGCCUUUUCUAUUGAUUCAACAGUAAACCACUUCACCAAGAUAGAAUGAUCUAAGAGAUCGAAUCCCCCAUACAUGACCCUCUUUCUAUAAAAAUUAUUUUAAAUCUCUUCUUGGUUAUGUGUGAUACUGCGUAGUCAUUUUAAUAACGCCUCCUUAUUGGUCGGUCAGAAUGGCGUCAAGUAAUUUUAAACUUGGCGGGUAAUUCAUUUUACUGCCGAUUACGCACUGCACGUGAUAUGACGUGCGAACUUGGCAUUACUUUCGCCGACGAGUCAAAAGAUUUCUACGUGGAAAAAUCUUUCCAGAGCACAUGCCGACGAGGAAAACGGUCCUGCCUUGCGAGAGUCGCCGGAGAAAACGGGUGACGGUGCGACUCGGCGAAAACCGCUCAUAAUGGUCUUCGCUACACAUAAGUAAGUAAACAACCAACAACCUCGAGUAAGUUAUACUACAGACCUUAAGUUAGGGUGGACGGUAUCGUGGAGUACGACAACCGGAAAUAAAAUUUGCCAGAUUUGGGGCUAAUUUGCGUAUAUCUCAGCCGUCCAGCCUACGUCGAUUGCACAUCGCGACGGUGAGAAGGCUUUAGUGCGGCGGCGUGUCGAGAACGUGAGUUUUCUCUCUCUGUUUUUUGUCUUCAAAAUAUCUUUAUUUUAACAGAAUACCGCUUUAACCUGUUUCUGUAAUGUCUUUUUUACUUCAAAUUGUAAGCCUUUUUCAAUUACUUAUUAUAAUUAACAGUAAAUGAAUGAGGUUGAGUAUCUUAUGAGUAAUUAUGGAGAUCGAGGAGGGUGUUAUCCGUCGAGGCCGUAGGCCGAGGCGGAUAACACCCUCCGAGAUCUCCAUAAUUCUUCAUAUGAUACGAAAGCCGAAUUCAAUAACUGUUUUAUUAUUCAUUCAAUAUUUUUCUGGUUUAUCGAUAGUUAACUUAAUAUUCUUAUUAUAUUGUGCCUCGAACGACAUCUGUUUUUGCAAUAUUGUGUGCAUGUGACUGUACUGAGCGCUUUGAGACAUGGAAAGUUAUUUUUGAGUUAGCUUACUGUAUUACGAAGAAGGACUUGGCGCCGCGGCCUCUGAAAUUCACUUUAUUCAAGUCCUGAGGAUUCAAGCAUGCAUGUCCGUGCUUUUAUUAUGCUCUUACUAUGGAGUAAGAAAGAAUACGAACUGUCAAAAUCAAAUCUGUGACGACUGGGCCUUCGAGGUUUUCUCAAAUAAUGGAUUGAAUUUCAGUUUCAAUUGUUUUUUCACAUCUAACAUAUUUGAGUUGAGAAUGAUACAUGACAGAAAAUCAUCAAGGUCGGUUUCAUGCUUCGCACGUACAGACUGCUCCUUGCGAAAGGCGCGUUUUACAGUAUUCGAAAAUCAGAAAUUUCCUUAGUUCUACGGAUCAUAAACAGGAAUUAUAACCUAAAAAUUUCAGGAUUAUCUGUGAGAGCAAAAAAAAAAAUAUAUAUAUAUAUAUAUAUAUUGAAUACACUUCGUGUAUUUGUGGGGAUAAAGUGCUCCAUAUAGGUCGCCCCUUUGCCCCACAGACUCACACGGUCAGCUUUUGUGGCAGAAUGGGCCCCCAGACAGCCUUGUUACAUGGUAACAAGGACCUAACCUUUUUUGUUGUGGUUGUCCCCAGGGGGCCUGGGAAUUAGGAUCCCAGAGAGAGAUUAGGACCUCUCUGUAGCCUGGGGACUUGAUGGCUUGUUGUGGUUGUCCCCAGGGGGCCUGGCAAUUAGGAUCCCAGAGAGAGGAUUAGGACCUCUCUGUAGCCUUGGGACUUGAUGGACUCAUGAAAAGGAGGGAGAGGAUUACCACCUCUCAGGGCCUGGGGAUCAGGACCCCCGAGAGAGGAUUAGGAUCUCUCUUUAACCUGGUUGUUGUGUUGUUGCAUGAUAAUGUUCUCAUUUGGUGAGUCCUCUCUGUCGGAGCUAACCUUUCUUGUUGUGGUUGUCCCCGACGGGCCUGGGGUUGUACUGUUUUCAUUGUUUCAAUAAUUGAGUUGAAACCAUAAAUAAUACAAUUACUUUUAGUAGCUUACAAACAACAACCAUGAGCAUGUGUAUUCCGAUUUAUCGAUAAGGAAUUGUUUAAAAAUGUUUUCAAUAUAUAUUGGGUUCUCACAUCUCAGUAUCUGGCCCUGACUUGAUAGAUACACCAGUUGCAUCCAGUUUGUGUAAUUAGUCAAUUAAUUGUGCUUAAUUUACAGACUGAUCCUUUGUUUUCUUCUUUGUUAUUGCAUAUCUCCUCAUCUGCUGUGGAGGAAGUCUUAGGCCCCUGACCAACUUGUUGCUGUUCCUGGUUAAGUCCUCAGCUGAUACCUGGUCGAUGGGACAUUUGCCCAGUCUAACCUUUCACGCAAUGUUCAAGUACCAUGUGACCAUUAUUUCAAGUGACAUUUGACUUUGGAAAUAGCCCUACAAUUCCUGUUGUUCGUCUAUGGGGAAUACCCCCUUUGGGGUAUUUGUGGGGAUGAAGUGCUCCCAUACAGGUCACACUUUGCCCCAUAGACUCUUGUUACUCCUUAAACCGGGGAAUUAGACAUCUAGAGAGGUCUUUCCACCUCUCAAGUACCCAAUGGGGAUUAUCACCUCCACUCACAACCAUGGGGGAUUAUCAACCUCUAGAGAGCAUUAUCACCUAGCUUCUCACUAUCCUGGGGGAUUAUCACCCCCAAGAGAGGAUUAUCACCUCUCACUAUCCUGGGGGAUUAUCACUCCCUGAGAGGAUUAUCACCUCUCCCCUUGUAGAUUUUGGAUUGUUACACCAAUAUGUAGAGAAAAGUGACCUGCUGUCCAUAUUUGGAGUACUUCAUCCCUUACCCCUUUUUCCCAUAAUAAUUCUGGUCUAGUUACUUGCUUUUAUCUAAGGGGUUAUGGGUUGAGAGCAUUAAUAACACAUUUAAUAUUCUCGCAUUAUGUGAACAUCGGCUUCUACCCUUUUCUUUAUUCACGAUGUAUUUAGUUCAUUUUUUUCUGGUUAAGUUAUAGGCCAAAAUGAAAUUACGUGUUCAUUAGUUCAUUUAUUGGACGAAAUAAACCCCUUGAUAAAGCAGGAUGAAGUAACUUGUUUAUCGCGCGCAACCUGUCCAACGUAUUAAUUUGCUCUUAUUAUAAGAAUGUGUAGUGCACUAAAGAUCACGAUAUUCAGCUUGCUAAAGAAAUUCUUGUAACUGAGCCCUACCGCUUCAAGUCCAGAACUGUGUAAGCUCGAUUACCAGCCGUGGUUAGCCUAAGAACUGUGGAGAGUGGGGAAAUGUGGCAAUACGUAGAUCGCAAACGACGAACAUUCGCUUUCGAGUAACAAAGCGCUUCACUAGAUUUCAUUGUACAAGAGAAAGAAUUCCUCAUCUGAUAUGACAUCACCAUAUAAAAGUAGACCAAAGUCUCUCGGAUCUCUUUCAGGGAACUCAUUGUCUCUAACCUUCAAUAAAGUUAAAAAAAGUAUUUGACCGUCACCUGUACUGAAACUUAAAAGUUUGUUUCUCUCGCCAAGUCAACGUCGUCCCUCCCCAAGCCGCCGCAGCCAGAGUCACCGCCCUCUAUGUCGCCGUCCACCUAAGUUUAAGGACUGUAGUAACUGUUGUAAAUGACAAUGGUCUAUCCCGGCGAUGAACAGGUAAACCCGCGAGCUGUGAUACCGUCGUUUGGAUCCAAAAGUGGACAAGUAAAGAGAAAAUGGGUUCUAUGUAGGUUCAAACAUGCCAUGUUUGGCCCCCAAACAUUUGAAUUUUGAGAGGGGGUUAGACAAAUGUUUUCUUGAAGUUUCUGGCUUGAAGAUACCGAGGGUCCUAAGAGGACUGGGAUAUCAUGGCAGUUAUCGGUGGUGUAUAGACAGAAGGAGGAGGAACUGCAAUGGUAAGCCCUCAUCCACGCAGUACAGUCCUGUACCCAAGGGAGUUCAGCUGUGCAUCCAUGAUGCAUCAUGGGCUGGAAACAAUGAGCAUCUUUGGUGCUUCGGAAGAUAGUGACUUGGUACUCAGAAAGGUUUAUUCCUGUCUCCAAGACGGCUCUGUUAGUGGUUUUCCAAAGGGUAUCCGCUUAAGAGAAACAUCUCUCCAAAUCCCCCAAAAAGGUUUACAAUCCCCUAAGAUACAUUUGUUAAAUGACUAAGCAAAAAAGGGUUACAAGGCCCGUUUGAAGGGAAUUGUUCGCAUAUUGCCUUCAUUCAAAGCCCCAGUUGUUCCCCAGGAAGUUCACUCUGUUUUAAAAAAGGGAUGGGAUCGCAGAGCAAUAAAGAAAGCCUGCUGAUUCAGUGAAAAGCACUAGAUAAAUUCUGCAGUGGUCAAACUACGUUCCACAAGCUUGACGCUGAGGGUCUUGCGAGGGAAAUGUGACGUGCCCAUGGGGCCAAUGCUGUACGCCUUUUAAGCGUCAGUAUUUCACACCACCACACAGGCUAUCUUAAUUCUUACUUAAACAGAUUUCAAAUAAUUAUUAUGGGGCACAGGAAUUCGCUCUCUUAGCUCAUUCUCUCUUGACUUCACUCAGCAACAACCUCUUUAAAUAAAUUUUGUAGUAAACCUAUAAAAGCGAGAAAAUACCGACAAAGUUGUUUCUACCACCAAUACAGCCUAUACCCUCCUUGAGGUGGUUGGGAUUGUUGUCGGGCUUUUGGAAACCGUCGCCCUUCGUGGUCUUGUGGCUCGGAAUUCCCAUACACAAGAGGCCUUGGAUACGUUUGGCCACAUGCGGCCCCGACAGCAAACUGCUACGCGGUGCGGCUUUACUUUUUUUAUUUUUUUGUGGUCUUCUUUUGCACUAGUCUACAAUACAGACGCCCUUCUAUGUUCCCAAGCGACUCUUUUUUCGAUUUCUUCUUGAAGAGACGCACCCCAAACAGGCGUUUCCUCGUUUCCUGUUUAUUGUUAACCGUCCUACCCCACUGGGGAUAGGAAAAGGAUCGUUCUUGGGACGUUGAAAGAUUUUCUCUGCGCAGUGCGCGACUGUAUAUUCGUAUGCAGCGAGAUCCAGUUUUUUUUUUUUAACUUUUGGUUGACGGAGUCGCACAGCAGACCAAUCUUGUUUGUUCCACCUCCUCCUUUGUUCUCUCCAAAAGCUCUUCCUGCUCCUAGUUUUCCAGUAGUUUUUGCAGCUCCUGCAGCUCUUUCUCCUUUAGGAUGGAUAAUACGGCAGUGGGGUUCCAAACAAUUUUUGCUCCAGAAGAUUUGGGGGUCUUGCACAAAGAUAAGCAGUCUGGUGCUUUUUCGUUGCAACCACUGCAUCGUGCGGCUGUAGCCGUCCACCUCCUUUUGAAAACAUUACGCUUGGCUGUCUAAAAUUCUUUUCAGGCCACUUUUCUCCCAAACACAAACCGUUUGGUCUUCUUUUGUCCUGCAGCAACAACUCUUUUCCGGCCGGUUUGCGUAUCCCGGCACCCCAAGACCCGGAGAACCUUCCCAGCCAGUUCUGCGUUUUUUUGUGUCCGUCUUCCAGAAGGGCUCUUUGGACAGCGAUUCUGGUUGCAGCCCUUUCUUCCCAAAGCUCAGGGAUUUCCUUCGUGGCGGCUUCCAGCCGCUCGAUCUCUUUCUGCCGUAUUUCUGUCUUUCUCUGCAAUUUUUUCCAUUCGUGUUCCCCAGUCCAGGCGCGUCUUUGCUUCCAGCAUCUCUUUGACGCAACAAGCGCCCUCUUUGAUGCUUGCCUGCUCCAAAGCCUCCAUCACCAGCUGUUCUGUCACAGUUUUGGAAAGAUCCUCGGACACGCAGGCGUACAGCAGGACCCCGGUCCGCGUUCAUCCGCUUCUUUGCACGUCGGGAUGCCGCAGCAUCCGGUAAAGGUGCUUGUUGGUACUGUGUACAUAGUGCGCCAAGUGGCGUCCAAAGGUUUCCCGCACCUCUCCUGCCUCUAACUGCGAGACAACUUUGUUGUAGAAUUCGGUCGACGUUGUGCCUCCGAGGCGCAUUUGGAAGGAGGUGUAAACGUGGUCGCUAACGCUGGUCGUAUUGUGCAGAAUGCGCCCGCCGCUAUCGAAAAAAGCAAAGUCUCCUUGGCGGGAAAAUCCGUAUGUGUCCACCAAAUGCUGCGCCAACGCCGGCAGGUCCAAAACGACACAAAAGUCUUAAGUGUAGUAUAUCUGAUAGAGGCCAAAACCGAAGGUCCCAGCAAGCGCCGCAUGGCUGGCAGCCUUUUUUGCAGCUGUUCUAUUUCCAACUCCCAAACAUCCACCUUGGCAAUGAAAUAGCCCACAGCUUCCUCUUGGGGGUCGGGCUCCUUCCACUUACGGCGGGCCCGGUAGUUCGUUUCUUUUUCUAUUUUCUCCACCGUCACCACAAUGAGGCUGUUGAGGGACGUUUUAUCGACGACGUGGCCGAUCGCGACGCUUUUGUACCCGCCCUCCUCGCUCCAGACUUCUCGAGCCCUCCUCGUCGGGGAUGCACGAAACUCGACCGCGCACCGACGCAGUUUGGGCAUUCCGGAGCGGCCCGUAGACGUAGAAAUCGUCGAAAAACACCAGCAGCAGCUCUAAGAGUUCGAACUUUGUUCGCCCUUGAUGUCCGGCCAAAUAGUUGACGCUUGCAAUGUCGGGGAUCAAAUUGCUUUCCCAGACGACGUUCUCUUGCAAAAUGUGUUUUCCAAAGUAGCCCUCUUCGUUUCCAUGGUGCAUGUAUACACAGUAGCUGAAAAGUAUAUGUCUAAUUGGCGGGCUACUUGGUAGCCUGAGAUCCAACUAGGCAAAACAAAUCUUGCAGGUGCGCCUCUUGGGUAACCAAAAAUGUUGGUAGCCCUGACAAAAUUUCCGCUACUCUGAAUAACAUGCUGUGCCACAAAAGGAACCAAAGUGAUACGAAGAAGAGAAAGUGGAAAAUCAGAGGUUUUGGUUUGUUCGAUCACCGAUCGCUUUGUGAAGGUAUGUGAUGUAGUAUGCAGAGUGAGAGUCCUGUCUGUUGCCCCAUUUCUCACCCGCAUCGCGAAAAAUAUGUUCGCUGUGGCCGGACCCGCAGCCAUGCCGCGGUAUCGUCGAUUCAAAUGCAGUGUAGUAUAUAAGGUGAUAAAGCCCUGUGACAGCUGGCUAGGCCUUCAUUUCAGUAUUUUAUGCUUUAGCCACACAAAGAUUUAAAGGCGGCUAAGGCAUAAAAUACUGAACGAAGGUUUAGCCAGCUGUCACAGGACUAUCACCUUAUAUACUACUAGCGCAAACCUCUGCGAUGAUUAGUGUGUACGCGCUCAGAUUUAGCAUUCAGAAUAUUUGUUUUAAUCAACGAAAGUGGAACCGAAAAGGUCUUAGCUACCACUCCCCUGCAACUAGGUGUAAGCUAAAUCAAAUUUAUCCCUCUUCUUUUUAAUUUUCUGUUGUGUUGUACUACGUUGCGAUUAACUUGAACUACGCAUAAAAUUUCAAAGUUGGCUAAGAUGUUGACAGUGUGUGCAGACCGAGCUUUAGUCAAGUUGUAGAACUCAAUCAUGUCGAUUUAUAGCUCAAAAAAGGUUUAAACGUUUUACAAAACGGACGCUUCCGUACAACUCAGUACAUGCUGAUUUAUAUACCAAAACAAAGCCCAAGAAUUUUUCUUCCAUUGGCAUUUUAUUUCUUGUUGUACCGAUCCGCGAGUUGCACGAGACUUGCACUAAGCAUAUUAAAAGGUGAAAAUGACCUACCUUUUUAGCAUGACUUCAAUUCCAACGAUCGCAACGCCGAUUUCAGUUAAAUGGAUCGAGCCGCUGUGUUUUGCUGACAGUUCCAGCAUGCAUUAUCCUCUGGACAACACACAUCACAAAAAAUUUCAAACAAAAUAUUUUAAUCUCUCACAGUGGCAACAAAACCUCAUCACUACAGACUAUUGUGAAAAAAAGCUGUCAUUUCUCCUUUCAUCUUGACAACAUUUCGCGGGUAUUUUGCCUCUAAUCCAAUGACUUUACCGGAGAUCGACCAUUUAAUUUUUCGCGGCACAAGCGAAGACAUUUUUCGCUAGUGAACCAGUGCUGGUUACAUUCCUGCCAAGCAUACGUAAUAGCAACCUAUAGAUUAGGAUUACGGGCUCUGCGGUCGCAAUCAAAAAGACUCCAUUCAAAAAUAUUUAACCUGUAUUUGUUGCUCAAAGCUUUCGUAAGGGUCUUCCUUUUAAAAUUCGUUUAGCUCAUGAUCGCUGCCAAGAGAGCCCAUUCUCUAUUUGCGACCUCAAACAUUUGCGUUGACUACAAAGACAUGAACAAUAUAAGUAAAAGUUGUAGGUUAACUACUAACAACGGGCUUCAGUUGUAACAGAGUUUUCUUUUUUUUCGUCUAAGGAAAAUACUCAACCGUUACUUUCAAGAUUUUGUACUCCGAAUCCGGGUUCCUUUUCCGGAUUCCAGAUUUCCAUGUUUUAGGGUUGCUCUCAGUUCGUGCCAAGGAUCAUGCAUAGAAACAAAAAGAUGGCGUUAUUGGCGCUGAUUUUGCUAUCACUGACUGUCAGCUCCGUUUCAUCGGCGCAGAUUGCUGGCUUCAUAUCUCUUGGAGGAUCGCAAUAUAUGACCUUGAGACGUAUCUUGGAAGAACUGGCUUCUCGGGGCCACCAGGUAGGACAGCCAAAAAUAAAUUCAUUCUCGUGUCACACAAGCUAUUUAAUUUACGCUGGAGUGCUCCAUCAAAUUAAGAUGAACACUUUGAAUCAUCUUAAAUUCGGUACUGAGAGUACUAAACUGCGAAACAGAGCGAAAAGAUUCAAUGUAUUUUGUGAAUGCCAAAUAACUAUAAAGAUACAAUAAAAGUGAAUACUCACUUCAGUGAGUUAAGUUCUCAGUUCACUACGUAACGUUCGAACUCAUUUUUUGCCUUCCUCGCUCAAGAGUGUGGACUGUAGAUGAUAGGAGAAUUAAGUUAUUCGCAUUUUUUGAAAGGCAUCUCUUUAGCCCCUUUUAGUCGUUUAUUAUCAUAAAUUGGACUAGGUACACUAUACAGCUUUGAUUUGAGUGCCCAGUAAAUCGAUCGGCUUCGAAAUUCAGUCCUGAAAAGUAAGGGUAGGUUUCUAUUGCUAAAGGUACGUGCGUGAAUAUAGUCACGCGCCAUGCACAUUUAUAUGCAUUUUCCGUCGUGGGUAAAUAUUAAUUUUAAUUUAAAGUUUCCAUAUUAUCACUGGCAAUUGUGCAAUCGCCUCGACUUCGCGAAGCGGGAAAAUUGGUCAGAUGACACGGAUUUAAAAAGAUGUUAUGUAACGUGUUUCGAAGUCUCGUGGUCAUCGAAGUAGGCUAGCGAUGAAAAAGAUCUCAAAAGCAGAAAUUGUAAGUUUCGAAUCUUUUCUCACUUCAAGUAAGAAUGAUGUUGUAAUUGGUAAUCUUAUCUUUUGAUUAAUUAAACUUCAGUUGACUAUGACGGACUCACGUAUGCUACGAUCCGGACUUAUAGUCUAGUACAAAAUAAGCCCUUAAGCGUUGAAACCCUGGGGUUGUUCUUCAAACCAAAGCAGCGCCUUAAACCAUAGGAGCGAAUCACGCGUACAGUGUACAGUAUGACGUUACCGGAAGCUUAGAGUACAUCAUUUUUUCGGUCAGUUUAAUAACUCUUGCAAUUUUAAACGGCAGUUUUCCAAUAAAGUGAAAAUGGAUACGGCAUUUAGGGAACUUAAUUUCAACUGUCUAUCGGUUCAGUCGUUAACCAAGAGAUAAUCUAAUUUUCAGAUUUUAAAUUUUAAACUGAGUUUUCAUGUAAAUUAUAAAAUCUUAAGUUUUAAAUUUUAAACUCAUUUUUUUUUUAGCAAAAAAAUGUAGUAACAUUGUUUUUUGUUGGAACACAUGAUCUAUAUUUAAACUGUAGUUAGAUAAGAAAGUAUUUUAUUUUUCUAGUACACACGGCCCCUCAAGCAUCUUACUGCUUUAUUACUGAUCGUGUUUAAAUAAAGGAUAUUCAUUCAUUAAUCCAUUCAUAAAGGAUAGCGUGCAAUAUGAUACUAUAGAUUUAGCCAGGGCUAAAAGCGAAGCUCUGGUUAAUAAUACGUGUAAACAAAACAAUUAAAUCGUGUAAUGCUAAACGGGGACGACAAUGAAAAUGGCUUCAAAACUAAUAGAUCUAAUUAGCAAAAAAACGAAUUGCACGUGCAGCACACUUUUUCUUCUAAUUAGAAAAAAACAAAAUUUGCCUCUUUUUUGGCUUUUCCUUGCCGUUGUUUUGCACGACUACAACGCUGUUUUGUACGACAAAAACGUCAAACGUCCUAGUUACAAAUUAUUUUUAUGGAGGGAUUGUCGUGUGUGCUUACCCAAUAUUUUGUUUCCUGUGUUCAUGUUGGCUUUUAUUUUUCACUGCCGCUCAUUUUCACCUUGCUGGCCGCAAGCAUUUCUCAUUUUCUCACCGCCUUUUUGAAUUUCCAUGUUUUUCUUCCUACGAAUUCGUCUCACUCGCUCUAGCUCUUUCUCUGUUAUCCACGUUAGUGGAAACAUAAAAAAUAACUCCGAAAAAGACACGACUUUGUUGUUGUUUUUUCUUUCUAAAGUCCGGGCGGCCAUGUGAUUUCCUUCCAAAUAAAAACGUGAGUUGCAUUUGGGUUGCCAUACCUGUUGAUUGAAUUAUUUUACAUUGGUUUGCCUGUGGUGCGGACGGACGGUCGCUCGCUCGCUCGGUCGGUGUACGGUCACGUGAUUACCAAAUUUUCUAGGAUGGUAGAUUACCACAUUUCCUUAGUUAUGGGGCUCCGCCCACGCACGGCGGAAAAAUUAAAUAAGGAAGAAGUGAACGUUGAAAGUAUAGGAAAAGAAACCGUUGAAGUCGUUAUCCAAAGGAAAUUUGAAAUGUAAAUUAGUAUAAAUAAAUACAAAUGUAAGAAAUAAGGAAUGUAUUACAUUUCAUCUUUGCUAUUACAUGUAAUUCUCAAGGGCCCAAGCCUUUUGCCUCUCUUGAUGAGGUAUUCUUCUCUUAUUAGCUUUUCACACACUGUCUCUAUUGGAUUUAAUUAGUUCUAGUGGAAUACGUGUGAUGUCAUUAGCAGAGUGAUCAUUGGCAAGAAAAUGUUCUGAGACCGUGGUGGGUUUGGAGAUAUUAGAUGGGUUGUCAACUGUUCUGCGGUGUUCUUUGAAACGGUCUUUAAGUCGUCGUUUAGUUUGUCCGAUGUACCGUUGUAAGAAGCUGUUGCACUGUACCAUGUAAAUGACGUUUCUGGAGUUGCAGUUGUUGUGAUGGGUGGUAAGUCUGGUUUCAGUUGUAGAGUGAAAUCUGUAUGAAGUUUGUCCGCCAGAUGUGCAGUAUUUGUAAGUAAAACAGUUUUUUCCACGUAGGUAUGAGCCUCGGGGUUGGUUGUGAUGGGUGAGAUUUCGAAGUUUAGCUCUGACGAGAAAAUCACUGAGGUUACUAGUUCGUCUAUAAGAUGCAAUGGGUACAGCUUUAAAAGAAGUUAAAACAACGGGGGAUGAAAUUAAGAUGUGAAUUUUUUUGCGAAUAAUGGACGAAAAGAAACGAAGAGCUGGGUUGUACAUGAUAACGAAGGGAACAUGACCUGGUUUGUCCAUUGUGGUAGUGCCACUGGGCGUAAGUGCUUCUAUCUGUAAGUGUGAUGUUGUUAAUUCGUUGUAUUUCCUGUUGAAGGAAAUAGCGGUUGUAGGCACGUUUGUAGAGAUGGACGAUAAGGUCAUUGGUGCGGAGUGUAAGGGUCUCGUUGGUAGAACAAAUGAAGCGGAGUCUAAGAGCUAGACUGAAAGGAAUAGCACCUUUUGUGUGUAUGGGGGGACAUGGCAAAUGUAGUAAUUAGUGGUGUUUGUCAGUAGGUUUGGUGUAAGGGUCAGUGACGAUUUUGCCGUUGUGAAGUGAGACGUUGACAUCGACAAAGAGUAUGGAUGUGAAGGAAUAAUCGAAAGCGACCGUUUUGGAGAGGUGGCCGUUAUGGGGAGAUAGGGAUGUAAUAUAACACCUACUUUUGGGGAGGUUGGGCGGGAGGGGAGUGUACUACGGGAUUAUUAAUUGUGCCCUGUUCAUGCCUGCUGUAGCCUUCAAUCAUAUGGUAAUCCAAUCAUAAAAGAAUUAUGUUUAGAAAAAAAUACACAGUAAACUUUGAAUAAUGUUUUGAAUCAAAAUGUUGACAAAACAAAACGAGCAAGGUUUGCAACAUUCGCUAUGAGUAUUGAAACAAUUUAAGCUCACUGCAGCAUAUAAAUGGAACACAAUCAAAAUACGUAACUAUAUCAUUUGCUGCGAGUAAUCAUAGAAGCGCCUUACGGAUCAAAUUUCGUGAUCAUUCUUCACUUAUUCGUCAGUCACUGAAAAGAACUGGGCGUUGUCAAGAGUUUAUUUUGGCAGUUGGGGACGCGGUUCAGUGGCCGUUGCCGUUGUAGAGGGGUUUUAUUAAUUUCGCCACGGUGACGCAACACGGUGACAGGGGAUGAAACAAGACUUACCUCCCUGCAACUGAUAUCAACCCACUCAUUACCCACCCAGGCCAUGAAAGGUUGUACCACACCACCGUGGUCUACGCCCCCUACUCUUUACCAACAGAAGCGUGGGUUCUUUUACGUCGAACAAGAAUCAGAACAGUGGAGGAGCUAUACAUGGGGGCCUGAAGUUUAUCGUCCUUUUCCGAGAAGGUUUAGACAAAAGUCAUUGUAUGGACUGCCAACGGAGACAAAAAAGUGGCCGUUGUAGAGAACGUACGCGUGUAAUGCAUUACUGCCUUGCAUUCAUGACUUGUGAAUUUUUUCGAUUUCACUUAGGUCAAGUACGAUUACGACUUUUUUAUGUCAAGCAAGCUGUGUUCUAAGAUUUUUCUCCACUACCAGUAAUUGCCUGUUAUGAGACCUUCUGUUUUCUCUUUAGAGAUCAUCGGCGUAGCUUGUGGGAGCAAAGUGCAGGGGUGUUUUUUUCACUAAAAGGCUCUCGAGAAAGCUUCACUCUUUUCCAUUCUCCCCGCGGAUUUCAACCCAAACAAAGAUGGUAGUAGCCCCUGUAGAAUAAAGCAGUCGCGCGAGACACAUUUCACCAGCUACGCGGGCUCUGUGCCAGGUCUAGAUCGAGUUGCAAGUUUGAUUAAAUUGAUAAUGUCAGCCAAUGAAGACCAAGUUUGGUAAUGUGUAGUUACUAGAAUUCAUAUCAAGGCGACGAGCCCUUGUACGUGGUUUAAGAUCCGUAUACGACACCCAUAAAGAAAGGCCUCCGAGUAAAGGUCAGACUAGACUUGCUACAAAUCGACCUCUUUCCUCUUUCAUUGUGAGGAAAAGAAAUUGAAUUGAGUAUCUGUGUAAAUGUUGUUAGCAGACGCGACUUCACGUCUGUUAACAUAAUCAGGAGGCAGAAUUUCACCACCACUGAGGUUUUUUUAAAUUUCUUCCUUAGGUAUCGCUAAUCGUUCCUUCCGCCCAAAAAAUAAAACCAAGUGAGAAGGUUCCACACAAGAUUUACCAAGUGCCCCUCAAACCUGACUACCUCGAUGAUGCAAUAAGGCUUGAUAUAAACGGACCCUGGUUACAGGCACAGAAAAGGAUGAGAGACGUCCUGAAUAUUUUAUGCGAAGGUGCUUUAAAUAGCUCACAGGUGCUUAAAGAAGUGAAAGAUUUUGACUUGCUUCUUUACGCCAGUCCCAUGGGAAUGUGUGCUCCGCUGGUUGGUGAACUCCUUGGCAUUCCACGAGUGGAAAUUUUGCUCUUUGCACCAAACACCCCGUUUAGUUUUGACCACAUGAUUCCCAUGCCUGUCUCGUAUGUACCGCUAAACAUGCUGGGAUUCAAUGACAAAAUGAUGUUUAUGGAGCGAGUUAUCAAUUUGGCUGCCUAUUUUGGUAGUAAGCUUUUGUGGGAUCUUGUAGUUGCUAGUAUGAUGAACGACCUCAAGGUUAAGUACAACAUUAAACCUGAAAGAAGUUACCAGGAAGCUGCUGGUGGUGCUGAACUGGUUUUGAUUGCAGCAGAUUUUGCAUUGGAGUAUCCUCAACCUCUGUUACCAGGUAUGACAUAAUUUCAAUCAUAUAAUCUUGAGUAACCACUGUCCCAUGUAAAUUUGCGUGCUAAAUUAGAAUGAAAUUUUAUAAAUGGGCCAAAAAUUAAGCUCAAUUUUGUCUGUUUGUCUGUGUUUGUCUAUGUCUUAGUAUAAAUGUCCAGAAAUGUAUCUUUUUAGUUUCCGUCUAGGAAACGUAACUUUAAACUUUAUCGAGACUUCUGAAGGUCAAAGGCUCUUUUCCUGACCUUUAUCCAUUAUACUCACACCAAACGGAUUUCACUAAAAAGAGGAAUAGGGAACGUGGAACGUUUACAGGCUCACAUAUUACCUUGCGUCUUGUCUGACAAAGGUAUCUGAAAUACAGUCCAGUCUCCUCCCCAAAACCACCACCCAAAAGGCGAAGAUUUAGUGGUCGCUUACGGGAGGUGGCAGCGUAUGAGAUUCUCUCUCUCUCUCUCUCUCUCUGUGUUUUUUUUUUUGGCUUCCGAGAAAAGGUUCGAACAUAUCUACUUUGGAAAGAGAGCUCGUUGCGUGAAAUUCGUAGGUUAUGAUAUGUGUAGUUCCAUCGACUGCCACUAAAAGUUUGUGGCAGUUUGUGAGUCGUGCAGUACAUACAGCGAACAUAAAGAUCAAACAAUGCGUCAAGUUUUCGCAUGCAAGAGGUUAAAUCAAUGGAACAUUCUCAAACCAUCACUUGAAAAAGUGGUCGCUGUCGCUUAACAGGUGGUCGGCUGGAUGGAGGUUCCAUCUGUAAUGAUUUGAACGGCAAAAUUUCGGUGUUUUGGGUUGUUGGUCGCCUAUGGGAGGAGGUCACUUACGAAGGGUUGUCGUCCAUACUAUUUCUACUUUAAUUUUCAAUUAGAUGAACAGCUGGUAAGUGCUGUAUAUUGCCUAACAUCGCUUUACCUUGUCACGUUAAUCAGAAUUAUGCCCUUUCUUUUUGUACUUUUUUUUUAUGUUGGUGAACAAAAAAUUAUGAAAGUAAGUUUGGUUGUUUCCAACCUCGUUCCCACUGUCCUCUCCUACGGGUAGGAGAGUACCCUGGGAACGAAGGUUGGGUGUUGUUCUUGGUGUUGCGACUACUAUUGUUAGCUCACUUUUGUUCUGUGGUCUGUUCAGUGUUCAGUAUCUUUUCAUUCUUUUUUAUUACGUCAUUUGGCGAUUGCACCCGUUCGCAACACCAAGAAACUUACCAAGUUUUUAAGCAAUCUGGGGGAUCUUAUUAGUGGGAGGGAGAAAAAACCUACGGUAGACCAUUUUGAUCACUAGGAUUUAUUGGUGAUCCGAUCAGAAUUUACACCUCAUUAGGGAACCGCUUGGUCGGACCUCUGAAUGUCAGAGAUACCAUUAAACCUCUACCACCUGACCUGGACGAAUUUGUAAGCAAUUCAGGAGGACAUGGUUUUAUCAUUGUUUCCUUUGGAUCCAAUGUGGCUUCUAUUCUUCCUCGAGAGAUUGUAGACAUGCUUGCAACAGCUUUUGGAAAGCUAAAACAGCUUGUGGUGUGGAGACUUAAAGGUAUUUUAUUAUUCACGGUCAGUUAUCUUUCGUUCAAUAGGGAGCUUUAGCAUCGACGAAAGCGACGGCAGCGAAAACAUCACUUUUAAAAGAAUUAGCGUUUUUUCAAACUUUGUCGCGUUUAAUCCAAAUUGAUGAAAAUGUCAAAUGUAGGCGAAUUUCCCUGGAAUUGAUUUCUUGGGGAACCGCUCGCAAGUUUAGAAAGAAAAAGAAAAAUUUGUCGUCGCCUGUUUACGUCCUCCAUAUAAUGUGAAAUUAAGCAUUUUCACGUCAUAGUCCUUCAGUGACGGUAAAGAAAUGUACAAAAAACCAAGAUGCAAUUGCAGAGCUGUUGUUUGGUUUAUAUAAACUUAUUGUUUUUUUGCCGUUCUCGUUGCCGUCGUCUUUGCGAAAGCUCCCUAUUAUUUCUGCAAUGACGCCCCACGUAAGGUAAUCCAAGACUGUCUUAGAUUCUGGAUUCCAUGCUGUGGAUUCGGGAUUCCUUGCUGUGGAUUCCGGAUUCCUUGUCAGUGGAAGCUGGAUUGCGAAUUCUACCGUUAGCGGGAUUCCGGAUUCCUCAAUCUAGAUUACGGAUUCCAAAGCCCAGGAUUCCGGAUUCCACGAGUAAAGACUUCCUGGAUUCCGCAAUCCUGAUCCCCUUACAUGGGGCGAGUGAUGAGCGCGGGUAUUUCAGGGAAAACAUAAUGUGUAAAAAAAAUUGUGCCUGCCUAUUAGCAGCUGGCAUUUAUUGUGAGUCUGAGAAUACAGAAUCCAUGUUUUUUUCUUUCUCUUGAAUUUAAACUUAAGAUUCCCUCUUAAGGUAAUGACAUUUCCUACAACAGAUUAUUGACCAAAGUCCUUUUUUGCAGGCUAUAUCCCCGCCUUCCUUGCAAAAAAAAUUAAAGUUAUGGAUUGGUUACCUCAGAAUGAUUUAUUGGCUCACAAAGACAUAAAGGCUUUUAUUUCUCACGUGGGUCACAACAGUCUUUAUGAAUCCGCAUAUCAUGGCGUUCCCUUGGUCUGUUUCCCUCUCUACGCAGAGCAGCAUGCUAAUGCCAAGAAAGUGGAACAUUUUGGUCUUGGUUUAGCAGUGUACCAUGACCGUACUAAUGCUCAGGAACUGUAUAAAACGAUUGAGCUGGUUAUCAGUGAACCAAGGUAAUGACAAAAAAUAGACUCAUUGAAUUCUGCAAUGCCGAUCGUACUACGAGAAAAUUUAUUUUUGCAAGACAUGAACACGACACCGAUAGAACCCAAAACAGAGCGGGCUUACGUUGUAGCUGUCAACAGCUGUUUUGCUAUUUCUGUGGUUCGUCAGGACGGCGCAAAAACAGACAGAACAAAGACGCUCUGCUGAGAAAAUACAUACAGUUGUCUUUGAUUUUAUUCAUUAAGAGUAUAAGUUAGCUCCAGGGGAACACUUUCUUGUAUGGCCCUAUAAUAAUAAUAAUGUAAUUUAUAUAGCGCUUAUACAUCGCUGUUCUAAGCGCUUUACAAUGUAAAAAAGGACAUAAGAAUAUCAUUAAGCACAAGCUUACAUAUAAACCUACUGUACAUAUUGGGAACUGAAUGUUUGGCUUUUUAGCAUACACAUCUUAAAAAGGGAAGGAAAAAAAAAACAAGCAAACAAACAAACAAAUAUGAUGGAACUAAUCAUGAAAUUGAGAAGCGCAUCAUUAUGACGUUUAUGUAAUUUAUAAAACUCUUUCUGCGCCAUGCGCUAGUUUGGCGUAAUUUAUGAUUAAAAAAUGAAAUUAAGAGUGAUUUUAUGGUUUCAGAUUCAAACAAAGCGCACUGCUUAUAUCCAGCCAGUUGAAAGACCGUCGAAGCCCCCCUCUUCAAGAAGCUUGUGAUUGGAUAGAGUAUGUACUAAGGCAUGGUGGAGCCAAGCAUCUUAGACCUCAAGUGUUUCACAUCCCUUGGUACCAAUACUAUUUACUUGACGUCACUGCUUUUCUUGUUGCUGUAGUUACUGUGAUUGUGGUGAUGAUGUGGUUGACUUGCAAAUGCCUGUGUCGUUUGCACUGUAGGAGCGACGAUGGCAAAACAAAGAAGGAGUGA